AUGGCAUCCAUAGAUUACAGUACCUAUAGCCAAGCUGCAGCACAGCAGGGCUACAGUGCUUACACCGCCCAGCCCACUCAAGGAUAUGCGCAGACCACCCAGGCAUAUGGGCAACAAAGCUAUGGAACCUAUGGACAGCCCAUUGAUGUCAGCUAUACCCAGGCUCAGACCACUGCAACCUAUGGGCAGACUGCCUAUGCAACUUCUUAUGGACAGCCUCCCACUGGUUAUACUACUCCAACUGCCCCCCAGGCAUACAGCCAGCCUGUCCAGGGGUAUGGCACUGGUGCUUAUGAUACCACCACUGCUACAGUCACCACCACCCAGGCCUCCUAUGUAGCUCGAUCUGCAUAUGGCACUCAGCCUGCUUAUCCAGCCUAUGGGCAGCAGCCAGUAGCCACUGCACCUACAAGACCGCAGAAUGGAAACAAGUCCACUGAGACUAGUCAAUCUCAAUCUAGCACAGGGGGUUACAACCAGCCCAGCCUAGGAUAUGGACAGAGUAACUACAGUUAUCCCCAGGUACCUGGGAGCUACCCCAUGCAGCCAGUCACCGCACUUCCAUCCUACCCUCCUACCAGCUAUUCCUCUACACAGCCGACUAGUUAUGAUCAGAGCAGUUACUCUCAGCAGAACACCUAUGGGAAACCGAGCAGCUAUGGACAGCAGAGUAGCUAUGGUCAACAAAGCAGCUAUGGGCAGCUGCCUCCCACUAGUUACCCACCCCAAACUUGA